GUAAUGUACGUACAUAAAAAUGUGGUUAGAGAGUUUAUCCUAACCCAAUUGUUCUUCGUCACUUCCAUCCAAAUAGUCUAGUAACAGUCUAGUUGACGAUUAGGAUUCUGAAAUAAAAAAAAUUACUAGAAACAUGUUCCAAUUCACUCGCCUUGCCGCCACCUCUGUCGUUGGUGGUUUUACUAUGGUGGUAGGAAAAAACGACUUGUUGAAGCCCUUAACUUUACAUGCUUCUGACAACAAGGAGCCUUGUUACGUUGGCGAUGUCAUCAAGAAGAGGGUCGGAUUUCCUCAACCGACUGCUUGCUGCAAACCUUUAAGGUUCAAAGACUUCAUCGUUUCCUACGACUCUAAGAACAGAAUCCCCAACUGGGUGUAUGAACAUCUUCAAUAUGACAAACUGUUUAAGGAUGACCCAUGCGACCGAAGAGUUAAAGUGGAGAGGACUCUCUGCGCAAGCAAUGAAGAUAAGGAGAGACCAAAGUUCACCCCCGAUUGCCGCAUUCAUGGUUACCACCGAGCCGAUGCCAAGGACUAUUGUGAUACUGAAUAUGAAAUGGGCUUGAUGGCCCAGCCUGAGAACUACCCCUACGACCAGGAAUCCUUCUGUGAAUGCUUCACAAUGACCAACAUUGUCCCACAGGUACCAGGCUUCAACUGUGGUCCAUGGUUUGAUCUGGAAUGUUACAUUCGUGAAAAACUUGUACGUGAAAACAAAGGUGUCUACGUCUGCUCUGGUCCUCUCUUCCUUCCUAUUGUGGAUGAUGACAAAACCGUGAAACAGUUUGAUGUACUUGGUGAUGGUGAAGUCUCAGUUCCUACACAUUUCUUCAAGGUCAUUGUUAUUGAGACCCAUGAUGGCCAGCUGGAACUCGAGUCCUACAUGAUGCCCAACGCUACCCCAGAAGAAGGCGAAGAAGUGAAACUUGAGGACUUCUUGACCCCACUCUGUCAGAUUGAGCACCACUCUGGCUUAAUCUUCUUCCCAGAGAAGAAAUGCUUUAGCAGUAACAACAGAAGGAGAGGUGCCAGACUUCACGCCCUCUAAGCCUUCUAGCACCCAACACAGAAUUCGUACCAGCUUUAUACAGUCGAGAAGAUUUGAAGAGCUCAUUUGAUAACCUGAAACUAGAGUAGAAUUGACAUCUUCACUGUGCCUUGCGACUACAUACACCAACUAAAACAUUCCUUGAUCUCGAUGUUGACUUGAAAGGAACUCUUCAGAAGAAACUCCACCUCCCUGACUGAACGGAUAGCACUAACUCAUUGCUACCAUGAGCAUGCAAUAGCUCUUGUCAUCUUGAAUCAUUUCUUUGAAUAAGAUAAUGUCAAUGUACCGUGGAAAACAUCGAAUUAAAAAUGAAACAUCAAGUUAAUGAUUUUGUACCAUCAUCUGGCUUGUCUUUUUUUCUUGUACAAUUUCUUAGCCUAGGACUAGUUCAGACACCAUUGUGACCCAAUCUUAAUGUCAUUCUUCCAAAGUCAAUAAAAAUUGUGAAUACAAGGCAA